AAUGAGAUUUCGCGGCUCAGCCAGAAGACGAUGAACCUGAACGAGCGCAUCAUCGGUAACCAACCGUUUGUCCAGACCGUUGACGAGGCCGGUGCUACGUGUGCCAUCGGUAGUAUCGGUGCCGGGCUGGUCCCGUUCAUCGCGACCACCGCCUUUAGACCCGCGUUGAUCGCCAGCCCCGGCAACGGCACCACCGGCGGCGACAAGCCUCAAAGACCCAACAACAACAACGGGCCACCACUGUUGCUGAAGCAGCAAACCGAAGUCAUCCACCUGUCGCCUCAUCACCUGAAUCACCCUCUUCAGCCACUAAACCAGCAGCCGCUGGUCUUGCAGCAACAGCUCAAGGCCACCGCCAAAAGCCGAAGCCUAAGUACGGGUUCCUACAUUACUAAAGAAUCGAGUGUUCAUUCUAGCGUAGAGAAGAUUUCCAAAUCCAAUAGCAAUUCCGACCUGAACGAGAACGCGCAAAAGACGAUCGACACAAUUCCGAAGAACAAAUCCCUAGAAGAUAGUAGAACGAUAACGAAGCUCAAUCAAUCGCGCUCGCCGAUGCGCAAACCGAUCCUGCGCAAGUCCAAGAAGAUCGUCCGCACCGACUCGGAGUUCCUCAAGGGCAACAUCUACGAGUCCAGCCUGUCGAGCUCGCAGUACACGCCGACGCACGAGAAGCCGGAGUUUGCCGAGCUCCGCAGCAGCAAUCCAUCCUCGGAAACACACAAAUCGACCGACGAGAGUUCGAAAAACAUCUCGACGGACGAAAUCGACACCGUGUUCUCCGACACCAUCGAGCUGGAACAGAUGGAAGCCGACUACAAAAUGCACCUCAAGAACAACCUGCAGCGGGAAUACAAAAGCGACAGCGACACGCUGGACGAAGUGGGCAAAAAGCAACCCGACUACAACACGUGGAAGAACCAAAGCUACGAAAACACCUUCGACAUCUUCGAGGAGAAAGAGCAGGAGUGCGAAUACAGCGAAACGUCGGACAAAGAGGACGCACAAAGCACAGAGCCAAGCACGAAGGUGGAAGCCGAGCGGUCGAAAAGCAUGGAAGUCUCCGCACCUCGAAAAGCCAGCGAUAGCAGCAACCUCAAAGCGGGCAGAACAAUCACUCGUCCCACCGAACUUGAGCUGGGCACCUCGUCGGACGGUAGCAAGCAUCCUUCCGUUGACGGACCGUUUGGACACAUCUUCGAGAAAAAUCUAGGCCGUUUCAAAAAGAUGAACAAACUGCUCAAGUGCAAGCGGUUCAGCACUUCCGCCCUGUACGACAAAAAGUCCAAACCAAACUUCAAGGAAACGCUCUUCUUCGAAGAUAAACCAUCUCCCGUCAAAACCAAUACGACGGACGCAUCGCGAUCCCCCGAAAAAUCUCUCCAGUCCCAAUCGAAGGCAUCCAUCAGCUCAUCCAAGUCUUCCCUGUUCGGUACAAAGAAAAGCAACAUGUUCACCAAUCUCAAAAGCAAAAGGUUUCCAUUUUCGAGCGGUGCUAACGCGGCAAACGCCAACGCUAACGCCAAGACGUCCCCAAACAAAUCAAAGUCCAACAGCGAAAUCAGCUACUCCCGGACAAAGUCAACCAAAGGUUCGAAAAAAGCAGCCAAAAACAACAGCACCGCAUGUUUGAACCUCGAAACGACCUGCACGUCACCGCUGUCGGAAGCGUUCUACAACACCACCGGAAGUGUGCGGCUCAGCGCGAUGGAACUGUACGAAAAGUUUUGCUCGCAAGACUUUAGCGGGCUCUACAAGCACGAGUCCAUUCGGAUGGACCAUGGGGACGGAGCGAACGGGUCCGACUGCGGCCAGUACGAUCCGCAGCGAAAUUUGGGUGCGAUCCGGAAGUACAAACGGAACAACUUCAAGCUGCUCCGGCAGAAAAGUGAGCCCAAGUUUUCGUUCCGUUCGGACACGCUGUACGAGAACGAGGACAGCUACGAAGAGGCGUGCUAUCCGGACGAGGAAGCGAAGGAGGAGUACGUGGUGGAUGAGUACGGUCAGUUUAUGUACGACGAGCAGUACUACGAGGAAGACAUUGAACAUUUGAGCAUAGAGAACAUCUACUACCGGGGGAACCUGGUUCGGGAGGAUGGAACCGUCGUGGAGACGUACCACUACGAAGAGGAAGUGGAUGAAGAAGAGUUGGAAGAAGAGGAAGAUGAAGAAGAAUACGAAGAGGACGAAGAUGAGCAAGAGGAGUGCGAACAGGGUUUGGAGUUGGAUGCUCGAGGGUUGCAGCCACCACAUGCCGAUAUGGCGGCUUCGACGGACUCGGACUGUGACGAAAUCUACUUGAUGCCGCAGAAUGAGUCUAAGAAGCUGAUCAUUCACGACUUCCUGUUUCAUCACAGUAACAACGAGUUUGAUAAUGCCGACGACGAAGAAGAGUACGAAGGUGCGGCAUCGAACGUGCAGGUUACCGAGCGAAGGAGGAGGAGUAAAGAUCAGGAAACGCUGACGAUCUACAAGAUCUGUUCGAAGGAGAGCAUCAUAGACUCGAAGAGUGAUUUAGACAAUAUUCCGCUGGGUUCGUCGCUCGAUUCGUAUUUCCUCAAGUCGGAUUGCCUGACGGCGCUCGAGCGGACAGCCUCACUGGAGCUACUGAGCAAUUCCAGCGGAACCCUGAACAAGUCAACGUUAACCGAUUACGCAUUUGAUACUGUUAAAAAUGUAAACCUAGAUAGUUGUAGCACGUCGAGACUGAGCUUAUCGUUGAAAAGCGAAAUCUUUGAAGAAACACUAGCGAACGCCGCCGCUGACAGUGGCUCCGGUGAGAUCAAACCAAUCAAGAACUGGAACAUCGAAGACUUUACCCUGACACCGGACGGAUCGUUCUCGGACGAAACAAUGGACGAGCUGAUAAAGUCCCACAUGGUGGACGACGGGGAGAAGAGAUCGCCAACGGAGGCAAACGAUACCAGUACGGUGCCGGUGGUAGAAACGACUCCUCCGGAUCCGUCGAAUCCAGCGACAAGCGAGUACACCAUAAUCGAUCUGGACGAGGAGCCGUACCUGCUGGAUCCAACGAUCUCGGACUUUACCAACGAGAUCACGAAGGAGUUUGAUCUGCUGUUCUCCCGUGCGGAAACCGAAUCCCGAGUUGCCAGCUAUUCCGGCAGUCCCGAACACGAAGACGAUGGCGACGAGGAGAUCCCGCAGGAGAACCCACUGACACAGUGCCAGUUCGAUCAGCUGCUCGGAGUAGCUCGACCGUCGCUGAUCGAACUACCCACGCGCCACUCGAUGCAAAAGCUGGAACCCAUUAACCUAGACGCUGAUGAGAUAACCAUUACAAGACACACCGAGGACCAACUCAAUACGCAACACGAUAGUGCCAAAGCAGUAGCUGUAGAUAACAACAACAAGUGUAGUAAGGUAGAUAAGCAUAAACCUGCGGACGACGAUCGGAGGACGAUGACGAGCAGCUCAACGACGGCAACGGUGAGCUCAGUCUCGAGCAGCGAUCGUUUACGGAAGGCUCGAAGUCAAUCCCUGGGUAACCUAAAGAAUAAAACCAAAUGUUUUCCAUUAUAGAAGCUAAGAAACGCUGUAAUUAGUCGACUAGUGGUAUAGGGACGGUGGGACGGGUUUUUCGUUUCGUUUUUUUGUAACUUCGGCUCACCACUCUUUUGUUCGUUGUUAGUAGUGCGUUAGUGGUUAUUAUAUUAUUAUAAAUAUAUACAUACUAUAUAGAAACCGUUAAGAGAGACCCGUUAAAGACGAUGUAAAAUGCAGAACUUGUGUAUUCUAGCCAAAUCUUGUAUGGAGAAGAAUCUACUAUUUCGUACCAAUGCGAAACACCCUUUUUAUACGUUGGUAAACUCUACUAGUGAUAGUUAUAUAUAAAAGUAAAAAAAAACGCAACCUCACCUCUCAUUUCGAUUGUUGUAUAGAAAAAUAUGUAUAGAAGACAAACACGGAUCUUCAGCUCAUCUCCAUCAUCAAACCCGAAAGGAAAAAAAAAACAAUUGUAAAUUAAAACCAAGAAAAGAUGACAUGUUCUAAAACUCAAUUAGCUAAACCAAAUUGAUAAGAAUGUGUAGAACACUUCUUUCGAAAUCCCUAAAAUUAAGGCGAAAACAUUACAAGACACACGUACACACAACAACAAACACAUACCCCACUUGGUACACGCGCACACAAACUCACACUCACACCAUAACAAAAAAAAACACCCACACAAAAGAACAAAAACGUACAUUUAUACAUAUUCCAUUUGUUGAUUACUAUAUAUAUUUUUCGAAGGAGACGUUUAUUGUGGAUGUAAACCCAAGUGAGAAAGAGACACAGUUUAUCUUAAAACAACCAAAAAAAAUAGCAAAAGGAGUAAACAAAAUAUUGGAUUAAAAUAGACUUCCUAUAGCGAAAACCAAAAAAAAGAAGAAAAGAAUUAAAGUUUUAUAUUACUUUGUAAAGCAAACGUCGUAGUAGCGGAAAGAAAUAAAAAAAUAAAACAAAAGUGUGAUACAGUGAAAGAAAACAGUGGUUAAUUGUUGUAAUGUAAUACGCAAGGUCUUAAAAAGGCCAUAAUUAUUAAUUGGUUGGAUGUAAUAUUUAUAUAGGACGAAACAAAUCCAACUCGGUGUUGUUUGCUCGCAUCAUUAUUAUAAUUCUAAAUACAAACACGCAGACAUAAACACGCAUUGAGAACAAAUUAUGCG